UAGUCUGUGUGUGUUUUAACAUGUUGGGUAGGUUAAAUAAAUCCUUGAAGCGGUAUCCAAAGCAGGUAUGACUCAUAAUAAUGCAUGACAAACAACACUGCGUGCUCAGUGAACUUCAGAAACUUUAAAGUUCAUGUUCUUCAGUUUCUCUGCGCUGGAGAGGGAGGCGCGGGUCCGUAAAGUGUGCGCCUUGUUUGGAGUCGUAUUACGCACAGGCAUGGAGAGCGACGCUGGGGAGGGACUAUUUACAUGUGGAAAAGGAAUAACUUGCGCUCGACUGCCUCGCUCCCUCUCUCUCUCUUUUUAGGCUCGGGGCCACUCUGGUGCAGCACAAAUCUGCGAGACACCUGCACCCCCAGAUUCAAAGUUAACAGGCGAGCCUCGACUUUUUAAAGUUGUAGUUUUUCACUCAAGUUUACAGAAGUUGUGAUCAUGUUAGGGAGCGGGAAGUCACCGGCCACCAGUCCCAGGGAGGAGAGGAGUAAAGUGGCUGAGAAGACCGUGGACCUCAGCAGAAGAGUCGGGCUGGACAAUGAGGACAUACGAAUGAUGAUGCAGGGCACCAACAUGGUGAAAGUUCGCUCUCCGAGGUGGCAGAAAAGCCGAAACCUUCGUCUCCUGGAGGACGGUCUGACCGUGUGGUGUGAAUCCACCAAGAGAUCCCGCAAAGCCAAAUCCCAGCAAACAUUCGCAGUGACAGAAGUGGAGUGCGUGCGGGAAGGCUGUAAAUCCGAAGCGCUGAAGUGUCUGUCUGGGACGGCGCAGGAUAACCAGUGCUUCACGGUGGUCUUCAGAGGAUCCAGGAAGAGCCUGGACCUGUUGUGCCCCUGUGAGGAGGAAGCUCGGCGCUGGGUUCGAGGACUCCGCACUUUAAAGGAGCACGUGGCCAACAUGACUCAGAAGGAAAAACUGGACCAUUGGAUCCGAGGCUACCUGAAGCGAGCGGAUCAGAACCAGGACGGCAAGAUGAGUUAUGAUGAGGUCAAACGGCUGCUGCAGAUGAUCAACAUUGACCUGAGCGAGCAGUACGCCCGCAAUUUAUUCAAGAAGUGUGAUCGGUCCGGUGAUGGUCGUCUGGAUCAUAUAGAGAUUGAGGAGUUCUGCAGGGAGCUGCUGAGGCGACCCGAGCUGGACUCAGUGUUCAGACACUAUUCCAGUAAUGGUUGCGUGCUCGCAACUGCUGAGCUGCGUGACUUCCUGGGAGAUCAAGGAGAAGACGCCUCAUUGAAUCAUGCUCAGAGCCUCAUACUCACCUAUGAGCUCAAUGAGUGGGCUCAGAAAAACCUGUUCAUGACCCAGAAUGGUUUCACCAUGUACAUGCUGUCCCGGGAGAACGAUGUGGUAAACCCUAACCACGCUCUAGUCUACCAGGAUAUGACCCAUCCAUUGUCCCACUACUUCAUCUCCUCGUCGCACAACACUUACCUUACCAAGGACCAAGUUACCAGUGCCAGCAGCACUGAGCCAUACAUCAGGGCUCUGAUACAGGGCUGUCGCUGUGUGGAGCUGGACUGCUGGGAUGGAGAUAAAGGUGAACCCGUCAUCUACCACGGCCACACUCUCACCUCCAAAGUGCCUUUCAAGGAGGUCAUUGAAACCAUCAACCAGUACGCCUUCAGGGCAUCCCCAUACCCUCUAAUUCUGUCCUUGGAGAACCACUGUUCUGUGGAGCAGCAGGCUGUCAUGGCCAAACACCUCCGUACCAUCCUGGGCAACAAACUGCUCAUCAAGCCCCAGCCUCUAAAGGAUCUGCCUUCUCCUGAGGAGUUAAAGGGGUGUAUUCUGGUAAAAGGCAAGAAGCAGAUUCCUCAUCUGAGCCAGCUGGGCAAGAAUGGCAGCUGUGCCAGCUUCUCCUCGAGCUCUGAGGAUGAACUAGCAAACAGCAAUAAGAACACAUCUAAGAAAGAUCCUGCAAAGGUCUGUUCUAAACUGAGCCCAGAGCUAUCAGAGCUGGUGGUGUACUGCAAGAGUGUCCCCUUCCGUGGAUUUGACAAUUUAUCUGAAAAACCACCAGAUGAAAUGUCCUCCUUCUCUGAAAGUGAUGCCCUUAAGCUCAUCAAAGACUCGGGAAAGCUUUUUGUGAGACACAACAGCAGGCAGCUGAGCCGGAUCUACCCCUCCGGCCAGCGCCUCCAAUCAUCCAACUAUGAUCCUCAGGAAAUGUGGAACGGUGGCUGCCAGAUGGUGGCUCUGAACUUCCAGACACCCGGGGAGCAAAUGGACUUGAACCAGGGUCGCUUCCUUACCAACGGUCGCUGUGGAUACGUCCUCAAACCGAGCUUCCUGUGCAGCCCCACGUCCAACUUUAACCCAGAGAACACAGGAGGAGGGCCUGGUCACGUCCCCACUCAGCUGACUAUACGGAUUAUAUCUGCGCAGCAGCUGCCAAAAAUCAACACAGAGAAGGCUAGCUCCAUCGUGGACCCUCAAGUGUGGGUGGAAAUUCACGGGGUGGCUAUUGACAAUGCAAGAGACAAAACACAGCGCAUUGACAACAAUGGCUUUAACCCACGAUGGAACUGCACUCUGAGCUUCCAGCUGCAGGUCCCAGAUCUGGCCCUGGUUCGGUUUGUAGUGGAGGACCACGAUCACACUGCCAAAAAUGACUUUGUGGGGCAGUUCACUCUACCUUUCACAAGCCUACGAGCAGGGUAUCGACAUGUUCACUUAUUGAAGGCAGACGGUUCCAGUCUGUCCCCCGCCACACUCUUCAUCCAUGUCAAAGUGAGCCGUAAAGGAGUUCCCGUCAAAAGUGUGUCCGAGCGUAUGGCCAUCGCCAGAGGCAAACAAUGACGUGCAUCUGAACUAGAUGGAAAGCUCCAUUUUCUGACAACAAAGUGCUUUUGGAAAAUGAGCUUUGAAUAUGAGGAAAGAGAGAGAGAGAGGGAAAACGCUGCUGCUGCUGCUAGCCAGUCUCCCAGUCCAGGCCUCAAGUGGUCCAAUUUACACCGAGCCACUUCCCAAUGUAGGAAGAAAGAUGUCGUUUAUCAGAGAUGAAGCAGCGCACUAGCUCUUAGCAAAUGAAUCGCCUCGGGCUGCAUAAUGAAUCCAUGAUCCACUGUGGGAGUAUUUGGUCCUGUCAGUGCUGAGUGCACUGGAAACAGGGCACUGAGGACUGUGGUUCAUGAAACACACUUAUAUGGGAUUUGUUACAAAAUUCAUUUUUAAUGUUGUUAACUCUCGUGUAGAUGAUCUCUUAAUCUGUCAGACAGAGUGAUGAUGUGUUAUUUAAUCCUUUUGUAUUUUUGAUUUGAGAGAUAUUUUAACAUUUUUAAGUAUUUCAACUUAAACUUAAAGAACGACGACAGUUUAACAAAAAAACAUGUAACUGAGGCUGUCGUGUAGGUGCUAUAGCAUGAAAAAUGUAUUAAUAUUAUUUUACAGAUGUUUUUGUUUCAGCCCUAAUUGUGAUGAAAAAUAGAUGUAAUAAUGUUUCAGUGAUUGCCACAGGUUAUAUUGUCCAUUAAGGUUGAACAGAUCAAAGGUUGAUUCAGUCUUACCUGACACUUAAGAUACUUGGCACUUUUAAUUUCUCUCUGGAGAAAGGAUACAAAUAACAGUAUAUUUCCACAACUUAUGAACAAACUUGAAGCAUAAACGGUAUUAACUUACAGAUAGAUGUUUACUUAUGUUCUUAAACAUUUCAGCAAGUCUUUGACAACCCUGUAUCAUCAUUUUUGUUGCCAAUUCUUGUCCUUACAUUCACAUUUAGAAUAUUGUGCUUGAACACUAAUUGCAACAAUCUAACACAACCAUCAGUUACAGUAGGCUAUGGUGAAGGAGGUUCCCUGAUAUUAAAAUGGUGCAGUAAUGAAAGGUGCUGCACGUGGAUUACUGUAAUUACAGUACAUAUCAUCAGGAUCAGUUUCAGUAGCAUGUAGUAAAUGGUGAGUGAAGUAUGACUUUGCAGUUCUGAAGCCUAUGUUGUGUGAAUGGCAGUUGGUAUUAUGUGUAUGCAAGAGAAAAUGCUGUUUUCAUAAAAGCACUAAUAACACA